AAUCAGCUGAUUCCACGAGCCGGUUCCAAAUUCACACGCCAUACCCAAACAAUUAUGGCGAUCAACACAUUGUGUAGAACAUUUAAAUAUUUUCGCUAUACACAAGUGAUUCCUUGUCAUUUAGAGUUAUUUAGUGUGAAAUACCAAAAAUUAAAACAUUACAUAACUCCACAGUGGAUAAAUUAUAAUCAAAAUUUCUGUUCUAAUGUAUCUAACGUACCAGGGAUUGAAGACCCCGUCAAUCAAAAGAAAAAAAAGCCUUUUAUACCAAGAAUUACUCUCCUAUUCGACAAUAAUGAUCUUACUGUGACAACUUUGGAGCAAGCUGAAAAGUUAGCUAAUCGAAGGAAUAUGAAAUUAAUAAAGAUUGUCGAUUUCGAUGUUAAAACAGAAAGACCAAUCUAUAAAUUAAUGAGUAUAAAAGAUUUUAUAAAGGAAGAUAAUCUCAGUAAAGCAGCAGCAAAAGUACAGAAAGAAAGAUCACUAAAAGAAGACAAAACAAUAACAUUAAGUAGUAGAAUAGCUAAUCAUGAUUUAGAAGUUAAAAUUAAGAGUAUGCAUAAAAUGUUGAAAAGAAAACAUGGAAUUCGUGUCAUUAUUUCAAUAGAUAACAACCAUGAAAAAGCAGAAUUUGUCAGGAAUGAAAUCAUGAAAGCUUGUCCAGAACAUGGAAAAAUUAUAAGCAAUUCUGCAACUUCUUCAUCGUUCCAAAUUAUUUUAAGACCCGACUUAGACAAGCUUCUAAAUAAAACAGAUGCUCAGGAAAAAACUGAAGAAAAUGCUGGAUGAUUGUUAAAAACUGUAAGUCUUUAGUUUCUAAGAUAAAUCGCAUAAGAAAAGUUUCUUAUAACAAAUAUAAGUGGACUGAGAAUGAUUAUGACUACACUUGGCGAUUAUAAGUACUUUUAAAAGUUAAGUUGUAUUAUAAGUUGUAAGUUAACUAUUAGCAUUAUUCUCAUUGUAUGAAAAACUGGUCAUGUAAAUAAAGUGAAAAUGCUUAACAGUUAA